GUAUGGAUGACGAUUAUGAAGUUAACAAGGAUGGUGACAUAUCAAAUGGAACUGUACUUACGGGUGAUCUUAAUGUGACCGAGGAAACGAUAACAAUUGAAAAUGAGAAAAUUCCAGAAGUCGGCAUGAAAUUUGCUAAUGAGAAUGAAUACUACAAGAGAUAUGCUUAUCGAACGGGUUUUACUAUUAGAAAAAGAAAUUCAACAAAAGGUGAUGAUGGAAUCGUACGGUAUGUGACGUAUACUUGUAGUCGAGAAGGUCGACGAAGCUAUACGAGCAGUACAUCUCUGAAUCCGCUAUCUACUAGUCAAAUAGGUUGUAAAGCAAGGUUGACCGCUUGUUCUAAUGCUUGUGGACAUAACCAUAAGACAAGACCAUCUAAAUCUAGGUUGUACAAAUGCAAUCGGCAAAUAAGCAACCAGAUCAAAAGACAACUU